AUGGCCGAUCGGAUUAGCACGUUGCCUGCUUCUGUUCUCUGCCACAUUCUUUCUUUUCUACCAACCAAACAAGUUGUUGCAACUAGUGUUCUUAACAAGACAUGGAACCCUCUCUGGCGCUCAGUCUCCACUCUAGACUUUCACUUUCAAAAUUUAAACAAAGAGAAGUGUUCCCGCUUCGUUCAGUGGGUGAAUGAAGUUAUCCUGUCACGAGAUUUACAUCAACCUAUCCAAACCUUCCGCCUCUGGUGUCAGUGUCGGUCUUUUAAUUAUGAUCCCAGAAUUAUCAACAUGUGGGUUAAUGUUGCACUACAACUCAGAGUUGAGCACCUCGACCUAUCUCUGUUUUCAGCUAGGAUUCGGCCUAUCAGCUUGUCUUGUGCCAUUUUAAGACACAGAACCCUCGUUGUGCUCAAGUUGAAUGUAUUAGGACUCAAAUCUAUUUCGUCCAUUGAUUUACCCUCACUUAAAGUCCUGCAUUUGAAUAAAGUUACUUUUUUAGAAGGUAGAUAUCUCGCUGAACUUCUUUCUGGGUGUCCAGUUCUUGAAGAUUUGGUAGCUAAAGAUUUGUAUUUUGAUAAACGUUGCCCGAUAUCAUUAAGUUAUAGAGAGUUUAAAAGACUACCCAAGUUGGUCAGAGCUGAUAUUCAUAAACGUUAUGUUCCUCUACUAAUACUUGAUAACGUGGAGUUUUUAUGCAUUGAUAAGGAGUAUCCUCGGUAUAAUGUGAUUGUUGACAGAUAUAAGAACCCGAAUCCCUAUCCCAGAGAUCUUAUCCCAGUGUUUCACAAUCUAGUCCAUUUUGAACUCACCUUUUUUUGUUAUACUAUGAGUUGGCUUCAUGUGCUACGAUUGCUCAUUCAUUGCCCCAAGCUUCAAAUUCUUAUUAUUAAUCAGGACUAUAACUUCGUCUCUAAUUAUGAAGAGAGAGGUUGGCGAUGCCCGCCUUCUGUUGUUCCUAAAUGCAUUCCAUUACCUCUUAAAACAUGUCAUCUAAAUAAUUACAAAGGCUCAAAAGGUGAAGUUCAAUUUGCAAGAUAUGUGAUGCAAAAUGCAAGCAUUUUACGAACCAUGAAAAUCUGUGUUAAUGCUGAAAAAAUUGGAGAAGAGCUCAACAAGAUCGAGAUGCUGAAAGUGUUAUCCUCAUGCACAAGGUGUUCUCCAACUUGUGAACUUUCAUUUGAAAUAAUAUAG